GUUCUUCGUUUUCCCUUCCCCCCAAGUUAUGUCCAAGUUGAAUGUCGAGGGAAGCCUUCUCUUUGAGCAACCUUUCGUCCGGGUCCCAUAUGAGAACUAUCGCAAGGUCUUCCGUGCCUCACAGAAACAUGCAGAAAGGGAAUACGGUGCCCUCCAGAAUACAGCAAACGAAAUAGCGAGCCGCAUCGAAUCCAACGAUGUGACCAAUGCAGACAUAAUCACUUGUAUCGAUGGAAUGAUAACAAGAGUUAACAUGCUCAAGCGCAAGUAGCUCUCAGAACUGCACGACACAUCCGGGAGACCAACUCAGGACGUCAUACGUGAAAGGCUCCAACAUCUCUCUUCCCUCGAGAACAUGACCAAUUCUGAUACUCCGGAAUUUGCAAGAUGGGCAGAUACAAGAUUAGAUCGAUGGCUGAUUGACUGGUGCUUGCGAAAUGGAAAGGAGAAGACUGCCCGGCACAUUGCACAAGAGAAGAAAAUUGAGACGCUGGUAGACAUUAGUCUGUUUAAUGACAUUCAGCGCAUAGAAAGCGCCCUCCUGUGUCACAGCUGCAUGGAAGCAUUAUCCUGGUGCAGCGAGAAUAAGAACGCACUAAAGAAAUCGAAAAGCACUCUCGAGUUCGAUCUUCGGCUUCAAGAAUACAUCGAACUAUGCCGGGCUGAAAAUAAAGAAGACGCCAUUGUCUAUCUGCAAAAAUACCUUACACCUUGGCAAGAGACGCACCUUCCUCAGAUUAACCAGGCUUCCGCGUUGUUGGCUUUCUCACCCAAGACCCGCUGCGGCCCUUACAAGCGUCUUUACGACCCAAUACGUUGGAAAAACCUCGUCAAGUCAUUUCGUUCCUCGAUCUAUUCCCUCAACCUUCUUCCAAAUGAGCCCCUUCUCAAUCUUGCUCUCUACGCUGGGCUAGCAUCUCUGAAACUCCUUGUGUGUUACGAUCAAUCCACAAAAAAAAUCGACUGCCCUGUUUGCGAUAUGGAGUCAAGUUCGGGCUCACAAGGACUAGGAUUGGGAAAGCUGGCAGAAGACGUCCCUCUGAGUCACCACGCUAACUCAACCAUAGUCUGUCAGAUUACUGGCAAAAUCAUGGAUGAGGACAACAUGCCUAUGGCAUUCCCGAACGGGUAUGUAUAUUCUCGAGAGGCGUUGGAAGAAAUGACCGCAAAAAGCGGAGGGACUGUUACUUGCCCGAGAACCGGAGAAACUUGUGAUCAUAGCAAGUUAAGGAAGGUCUUCAUCUCAUAA